AUGGCACCUUUGCAAGCACCUAUACUUCCUAUACCCGGUGAGAAUGGCCAACAACAACAACAACAACAACAACCACAACAACCAUAUUAUACGGGUCAACUCCAAAAGAAACAAGCCGCAGAGGGGUCUGUUGAGUGGUACUUUGACCAAGGUGUCAACUGGAUGGGUGAUCAUCCAUGGAUAACUGGAUUUGGUGCAUUAACAGUUGCUUACUUUGCUGCCGGGUUUGUUAAAUCUAAUAAACCAGGGAUUAAUGGUAAAGCAUUCCAUACUGGUGGUUUUGGCUCCAAAAUGACCCCAAGAGAGGCGUUAUUAAUCUUAAAUUUGAAAGAAACCAACUUGAGUAAGUUGAAGUUAAAAGAACAACAUAGAAGAUUGAUGAUGGCUAAUCAUCCCGACAAAGGCGGAUCGUCAUACUUGGCUACCAAAGUGAAUGAAGCUAAAGAGUGUUUGGAGAAAAGAGGCGGAAUGAAAGCAAAGUAG